AUGACUGGUGUCGUGGAAAUAAAGUGGCAGCUCUUUAAGAGCGGCAUAGUCGAUGCUGCUGCCGAAUGCUGCCCAGUUAAACGGGUUGGCCUGCCGCCUGGAAGUCAGAACAGAUCUUUAUGGUGGGCGCGAGAGGUGCAACUGGCAGUUAAAGAGAAGAAAGCAGCAUUCAAGAAAUGGCUUGGAAUCAAAGAGCCUUCUACACGCGUGCGAUAUGUCGAGGCACGUAAGGCGGCAGCCAUAGCAGUGGCAAAAGCCUCUGAGGAACUCCUUAACCGCGCGCAGCCGCAAAGUAAGAGCAGCCGCCUAAGACUCGCCUGUGGAGCAGAAGGGUGCGAAUAUUACUAUCUCUGUAGACGAAAUUGUACAGGCUGUGAAAAGCUUGAAAAAUGGAAAAGCUGCUGAAA